CAGAAAGAAAUCAUUUACCUAUUUCUAAAUCAGUUGAUACUGAAAUAUAUAGUGAAGGUGAAGAACCUAGUAAAUUAAAGAUUGUCCUACUCAUUGGAAUUCGAAAUAUUGAUCAUGAAAAAAAUAAUAAAAUUAAAGGAUACAAUCGUAUGAAACUGGUCAAAGAGUUAACUAAAAUUUUUGAGCCAUUUAACCAGGCAACUGAAGCAUUUAGUGCUGAAAGAUACCCAACUCUGUCUAUUAUGUAUCUAGUUGUUAAAGUUUUAAAAUCAGAAUUUAAUUUUGGAAUUGAACCAGAUAUUGAUGAAUGUG